AUGGAUUCUUCAAACUCAAAUUCUACCCAAGCAAAUAGCACUAGUGGCACUUCUUCAAACACUAGGGAGGAAGAAUUUAAUCCUCUGUGGAGAUAUGUAACUAAACUAGAGAAAAUUGGAGAAGGAGGGGGUAAUUGUAAAUGGAUAUGCAAUUUUUGUGGACAAGAAAAGCAAGGGACUUAUACUAGAGUGAGGGCUCAUUUAUUGAAAAUCACUGGAAAAGGGAUUGGUGUGUGUAAAAAAGUGAUGAAUGAUAGUAUUUCUGAAAUGAGGAAACAGGAGGAUGAGGCAACAAACAAAAUUACCAAUUCACAAUCUAGGCGAGUUUCUUUGCCUAUUAGUAUAACUUCUGUUCCUUCAUUGAAUAUAACUGAACCAAGUAUUUCAGCAGCUUUGAAGAAAAGAAGAGUUAAUGAUUCUCCUCUUGGUAGAGCUUUUGACUUGCAAACUAGAGCUCAAUUAGAUGCAGAGAUUGCUAGAAUGUUCUACACUGGGGGUCUACCUUUUAAUUUUGCUAGAAAUCCUUAUUAUGUGAGUUCUUAUUCUUUUGCUGCUAAUCAUGUUUUGGGUGGUUAUGUGCCGCCUGGUUAUAACAAAUUGAGAACCACAUUACUUCAGCAAGAAAAAGCAAAUGUAGAGAGGUUGCUUGAACCAAUUAAAAGCACUUGGUUAGAAAAGGGUGUUAGUAUUGUGAGUGAUGGAUGGAGUGAUCCCCAGAGGAGGCCUUUGAUUAAUUUUAUGGUUGUUUCUGAGUCUGGCCCCAUGUUUAUCAAAUCUGUAGAUUGUUCUGGUGAAGUGAAAGAUAAGCAAUUUAUUGCUAAUUUGCUAAAAGAAGUAAUUGAUGAGGUGGGUCAUCAAAAAGUGGUACAAGUCAUUACUGAUAAUGCUUCAAAUUGUAAAGGUGCUGGAGAAAUCAUUGAGGGAAUGUUUCCACAUAUUUAUUAG